UCUGAGUCCUCAGCAUAUUGGCAAUUGCAGUCUGGGCUACAAAGAUCAAGAGCAAUCUUCUCAAUAGCUUGUCUGAUUUUAUUUUUCUCUUCUCUAGAGAUCUGGCCCUUCUUAUUAGAGUUUUCUUUCUCCUUUUCUGAGAUUCUCUUCAUCCAUUCUUGAUAAACACAUUCAUGCUUCCUGAGGAGGUGUUGGUUGAGACUCCCUUCUGAGCCGUAGGCUUUUGGUCACUUAGGGACUAAGCAGUGGUGUCUUCUCUCGAUAUCAGUAGCCAGUCUUCUGAAUCUUUUCUUCCUAUUAUCUUCAAUUCCGAGGUAAAAACCAAGCUCAUCUUCAUGCUUUUCCUUGUUAUCGUUCAUAAUGGCUAGUUUAUUUUUCAUAGACUUCGUUUUCUUGAUUGACUCUGUCAAGUUCCUUGAGAGUGAGACUGUGGACUGUCUUCAUCAUUCAGAAGUGCUGGUAGUAGCCAUAGUUCUGCUUCAAUUUCUCAAGGGCAGGGUCUAUUCUCUUCUUCUGCUUCCUUCUACAGCCUUUUUGAAGGGUCGAACUCACCACAGAUUCAGAAGGGCAGGGAGUCUCCUUCAUGGAUUUCAUACAACUCUGGGCUUCGUUUAUAUGAGAUGUAAGAUCGUUGUUGGAAUGUUCUGAAAAUAACUGAACUUCGGAAGAGACUUCGUUACUUAAUAGUAUAGACUGGUCAUUGUACAUUUGCUUUUUGAGGACAUUCUCAUCAGAGCAUUGCUUUAUGUUAGAGGGUUUACAAAAGGAAAUAGAGUCUAUUGGUGAUAUUGGUCCAGAACGUUUGGAGCACUUAUUAGACAUUGAUUCAAACCUUUCAGUGGCCUCUGCAUCAUUUUGAAUCUCAGGAACUUUAUUAUUUGGCAAUAUAUUAUUAUCUUUGAGUAUGACCCUUUCAUUGAGAACUCUAGGCUUGGUGGCACUUUUGAAAGCAUCAUUUUCCUUCUCACAGAAUUCAUCAUCCUUAUGUGCUAACUGAGAAUUCUUAUUAACGGUCUCUUCAGAUUCGUCCACCUUGGCUCUCUUAUAUACGUUUUUGAUUGCCUUCUCAUGACUUCUUUCUUCAGUUGGUUGAUUCAUGCUAAUUUUUCUAUUUACGACUCCUUGUGAUUGGAAUGUGUUUGAUAAUAUUACUUUGUUUCGCACCAUUUCUUUUAGAUUUUUCUACUGUUUUAUUGUCUUCUAUUUGAGGUUUGCACACUCCCUCCUGUACAACGUUCAUUUCCCUACUUAAAGCAAAUUAAAAUUUCAAGUAUUUA